AUUUAUUUUGUUUAAAAUGGAGGACUACCUUCGCCUUCUCUACCUAAAUCUGUCCGGACGUCUGGGUCCCAACUGGGAAGGUGAGGAUCCUUGCACAGAUUCUGUUGGCAAUGUGACCUUCCUUGUAAUAGCCUAUAGUGCUCUGAUUGCUGUUGGACUCAUCGGAAACUCUUGUUUGGUUUUUGUCAUUGCUCGUCAACGGGAAAUGCAUAAUGUCACCAAUAUUUUUAUUGCCAAUCUAUCUUGUUCUGAUAUUCUUAUGGCUUUGGUGUGUCUGCCUGUUACUGUCAUCUACACGCUGAUGAAUCGUUGGAUCCUGGGGGAGGCACUCUGUAAGGUGACACCUUUUGUACAAUGCAUCUCUGUUACAGUAUCUGUGCUCUCAUUGGUCCUCAUUGCUUUGGAACGACACCAGCUCAUUAUCCAUCCAACAGGUUGGAAACCGUUGCCAUGGCAUGCCUAUCUUGCCGUAGCUGUCACCUGGGCUGUGUCCUGCUUCAUUUCGCUACCUUUCCUCUCCUUCAGUAUCCUCACCAAGCACCCAUUCCAGAAUCUUUCACUGCCAUUUGACCCGUUCAUUGACUACUUUGUUUGUACAGACAGUUGGCCCUCUGAGAACCACCGACUAGCUUACACCACCUGCCUCCUGCUCUUCCAGUACUGCCUGCCACUGCUGCUCAUCCUUUUAUGCUAUCUGCGCAUCUUCCUAAGACUGCGGAGAAGGAGAGACGUGGUGGAGCGAGCAGGAGGUGGGGAAGCAGGAGGUCGCAAAGGAGGACAUCGUAGGGUCAAUAUUAUGCUGCUUUCAAUUGUUGUGGCCUUUGGGCUGUGCUGGCUUCCACUCACUGUUUUCAACGCUCUCUUUGACUGGAAUCAUGAUUAUAUCUCUGUCUGCUACCACAACCUCAUAUUCUCCCUCUGCCAUCUCGCAGCUAUGGCAUCCACUUGUGUCAACCCAGUUAUGUAUGGGUUCCUCAACAGCAACUUUCAGAAAGAAGUGAAGACGCUAUUGCUCCGUUGCCGAUGUGCUGGAGGAAGGGACCGAUAUGAAAGUUUCCCCCUCUCUACAGUCAGCACUGAAGUAUCAAAAGCAUCUCUGCAGAGUGUCACUAAUGGAAACAAUGCAUGAGGCUACAUGCCUAAUCUGAAGUGUUAUGGAGAGAGGUGUAGUGGACAGUUCAUUCUGAUCAGAGAUUCUGCCUUAUGUAGUAAAUAUCUAACCCAUAUUAACACAGAUGUAGUAUCACAAACGUACUGCAAUCGAGGGAUUCUAUCCUAUUAUACCACUACUUCUCGUGUCUUGUCAGGUUUACCAAUUGCACAGCUUAUGCACCAGUUCUAGGUUUGCAAUCUCACAUCCAGCUUCAGUGACUUCACAAAAUGUUCAGGGGGUCAUAUGCACCAUUAAGGUCUAAUUAUGUCCUAUCUUCAAAACCUUGAGUAUCUAGGUUUUAGUGUGGCACUUUGGUACACAAAAAUAACAUUAAUAUUAUUUAUAAAGCACCAACAUAUCACUCAGCACUGUAGAAUAGGUGGACUAACAAACAAGUAAAUUUUUGUAAGACAAUUCGGAUGUAUAGGAAUAGAAGUUGGGCCCUCUUGUUUUUUCACAACUACCUGUCACUGACAAACCCAUAUUGAAGCAUUAGUCAACCUUCUAUCUUGAUUCUGUAUAGAACAAUGGAACACCAUAAGAUGUCUCACUGUUCAGUAUAUAUUAUCCAAGGCAAAUGUAUUCCAAGAUAUAUGAGUGAAUGUGUCAAAUAUGAUAUUUUUAUCAUGACUUUAAUUGAAGCUCACAAAAGCUAUCAAUUUCAUUGAUAUACUUUUAAAAUGAAAAACAAACAUAACACUUUUCUUCAUAAUAAGAAUAAUCUAAGAAUGAUUGCUUUCCAAAAUGUCAAUUUAAAAUCUUAAAAAAACACAUCAGAAUGUCUCAAUCCAUUAGCAGCUGAGCUUUUCCCGCAUCAUCAGGAGAUCUUAGUAAAGGACAACAUAACGUAACCUAAAUAAUAUGUCUAGUAUGAUAAAUCCCAGGUAUGUCUAUCUGUAUUGUUUUAUAUACCUUUUAUAUACACUGCCCUUCUUCUUAGUCAUGGUUUAACAUCGCGGAAUGUGUGAUUGUGCCUACAAAUCUUAUCAUUAAUGUUGCCAAUUUUUUGUAAAAGGCUGGUAUGAAAGACACAGCAGACCUGCCAUUGCACACAGUGCCCUUUGAUAUGUAUUUAUGACAAUGUGUAGGUAAAAAUAUGUGUCUCUCUGUUUGGGAAGGCUGACACUACCAGCGUGGGAUGCAACACAGUAUAAUACCUGUAUGAUUGAUGGUAUGACUAGUUCUAGUGCUGCCUAUGCAGAGUUUGCGCUUUAUACACAUUCCCUGAUUGAGCAGGGAGUUUUGAUUGCUUUCCUCUUAGGGGCAGACCAUUGUUGAUGCUGCCUUUCUCAAUCUGUUCUCUGCAUACAUGCCAUGGUUUAAACAUGUAUGUUAGUGGGGCAGGCUGGCCCUGCUCUUACUGUGUUUGUGAGUGGGCGGGUGUGACUUGAUUUGCUGCUGUCCACAAUCAGAAAAGGAUCAAGAUCCAACUAGGCCCUAGGCAGGUUACCAGUUUGGGCCCCCCUUCAAUCUUCACAUAGUGGUGGCGGAUGGGGCAAAUUACAAGUUCUGGGCCCCUGUCUAACUCCUGAGCCCUAUGGGUAAUACUAGCCUGUCCAUACUGUACCUGUGUUUUGUGUCCAUGAUAUAGUCCCUUCUGUGAAUUGGGUAGUCGGGAACUGCCUUCACUGUGAUUGUUUUGUAAGUAUUGAUAAGUGAGACUCGCACUGCUUUGACUGGGCACAAGCAGGUAUUUUGUAAACAUUUCUUCUCGUGAAAGGGUCCACUUAAUUCAGUAUUUAUUUAUAUUGAGCCUUUGUUUCAUUCAUAUAUGUAUAUAAAUGUAGAUACAUAUAGUAUAUACACAGAGAGCUGAGCAUGGAUAUUUUAUAUGCCCCGCACUGACGCUGUUUUAUGUCUAAAUUAAAUAAAUAAAGGUAUGAGUUAUAA